UCCUUUGCCGACUCAGGAGAAAAACCUCUCUCAGAGUGUCGUAACUGCUUCUCCUUCCUUCAUCCUCUUCCCCUCUCCCAGCUUCCCUGAGCUUCUGAAGGUUAUCGGCCAUGGAAGGCCUCAUCCCGUUCAUCUACAGGGCCGUCGUGCAGUACAGGAAGGAAGGGCAGGUCUCCUUCACUGACCUCAUCUUCGACGAGCCGUCGCCGACGUCCUACUUCCGCCUCCCGGGGGACUCCGGCCGGUACCAGGUGACGGCGAGCGAUCUCUUCUCCCGGUCGGCUGUGGACUCCGGUUCGGCCGGCGCUAUGCGGCAGUGUCCGGCGAGGCUCCCGAUGCAGCGCCGGCGUCCCCUGGACCGUGAUAAUGGAAGUGCAUCCUGGGACUGGGAGCCAAGAAAAGAAAAGCAAGCGAAGGAUGGUUCGUAGCAAGCAGUGGGGGUAGUAGUGAGAUCAGAUAUGUUGUGUGUGUAUGCAGAUGAUGCUGAGCAACUGUGAAUAUUAGCCUAAGUUGCCGUGUAAGUGUACAUAAUCUUUCUCUGUUUUAUUAGCUUGUUAUUGUGAUCUGCCAUGUAAUGCAUAGGAGCAGAUCCUCCCAAGGAGGCUUUGCACCAUAGCCUAGAGUGAGAAUUGUGUAUUAUCUGUUGGAAUAAAAUGCCGCACAAAUGGUGGAACGCGUGAAAAAGUUCACGCGUUCCAAACUGGUGGUAUGUACAUUUACAUUUACAUGUUGCCUACAAGUUCUAGCCUUCUAGGCUUGAACUACACGUAGACGCGUGGGUGCAUACAAAGUGGCUAUUAUAUUGUCA